AUGUGCUGCUCAUCAGUGUCCGCGUGGGGCGGGCGCGCGCACUAUGAUGGUGCACGUGCACAAGCGCGCGCCCUCCAGCUGCUCGCGCCCGUACUGCAGCCGGGGGCGUGCCCUGAGCUAACCCCGCCCCUCUCCUCCCGCGGUUUCCAUGGAGCUGCUCACUCCAAGGUCAAACUGGAAGGGCUCAGCGCAGCGUGGGUGCCCAGGGAUCCACUGCCUGAGUGUGGGGAGAUCAGCAGCGGCCGUCACCCCGCAGACAUGAACCACACAAAGGGAGGCUUGGUCAUCUUCACAGCCAACUCGCACCCGUCGAGCCGUGAACUGGGCAAGAGGAUAUCCGAGCGGUUAGGGGUGGAACUGGGCAAGGUGCAGGUCUACCAGGAGGCCAACAGAGAGACUCGGGUCCAGAUCCAGGAGUCUGUGCGAGGCAAAGAUGUAUUUGUGAUCCAAACGGUGUCCAAGGAUGUGAACACCACCAUCAUGGAGAUGCUGAUCACGGUGUACGCGUGCCGGACGUCCUGUGCCCGCAGCAUCACCGGAGUGCUGCCCUAUUUCCCCUACAGUAAGCAGUGCAAGAUGAGAAAGAGGGGCUCCAUCGUGUCCAAGCUCAUCGCCUCCAUGAUGUGUAAAGCAGGUCUGACCCACCUGAUCACCAUGGACCUCCAUCAGAAGGAAAUCCAGGGCUUCUUCAACAUUCCAGUGGACAAUCUGCGAGCGUCACCGUUCCUGCUGCAGUACAUCCAGGAGGAGAUUCCUGACUAUAGAAACGCAGUGAUCGUGGCCAAAUCCCCCGCUUCUGCCAAAAGGGCACAAUCCUUUGCUGAGCGUCUGCGUUUGGGACUCGCUGUGAUCCAUGGAGAGGCCCAGGAUGCAGAGUCGGACCAGGUGGACGGCCGGCACUCUCCUCCCACCGUCAAACCCACUGGAGCUAUCCACCCCAGCAUGGACAUCCCACUGCUAAUCCCCAAAGAGAAGCCUCCCAUCACCGUGGUGGGGGACGUAGGAGGACGGAUCGCCAUCAUAGUGGACGACAUCAUCGACGACGUGGACAGUUUCGUGGCAGCGGCCGAGACUUUGAAGGAACGAGGAGCUUAUAAAAUCUACAUCAUGGCCACGCACGGUCUGCUGUCCUCCGAGGCGCCGCGCUUCAUCGAGGAGUCCGCCAUCGAUGAGGUGGUGGUGACGAACACGAUCCCUCACGAGCUGCAGAAACUCCAGUGUCCAAAGAUCAAGACGGUGGACAUCAGCAUGAUCCUGUCCGAGGCCAUUCGCCGCAUCCACAACGGAGAGUCCAUGUCCUACCUGUUCCGCAACAUCGGCGUGGACGACUGA